UGUUCCCAUCGGAUUGACAAGCUAAUACUGUGGUUUCUUGUCUUGUUAUCGUUAGAAAAACCAUUCGUUUGUUUAACCGGUAGAUAUGAAGGACGAAGUGAAGAUGGACGCGAAUCGGCUAAUCGCUGAAGUUUAUAAGCGACCAGCGCUUUGGAACCAAAGGCAUAUCUCAUAUCAUAAUCGCGAGGUGACGAACUCCGUUUGGAUGGAGAUUGCAUCGAUAUUCAAGUUGCCUAAACCGGUAUUAAAAGCAAAAUGGAAAGGUUUACGAGAUACUUUUCGGGCAGAAUUAAAAAAGGACCAAGUUUACCGUAAAAGUAAAUUUCAUCGAAAUAGGCCGGUAUGGAUACAUUUCAAAAGUUUACAGUUUUUAAAAGAACAAAUGUUACCUCGUCCUCCAAUUUGGGAACGAAGUAAUUCUUGUCAAGAUGAUCGAAUGCACAGCGAGGGUGAAAGUGAUGGAAUACUGUUGCAGAAUGGUUUGUCGGUAACAAAUAGAAAUGCGGACGAUCGAAAUACAAUUCCGAAUCACCUACUGUCGAUAAGUAACGACAAUGGAUUGAAAAUCGAAAAUAUCAAUCACAUAGACGUGAAACAAGAACCUGAAGAGAAUUUCGACCAUCUCGAAUUUCAGAGUGUCUCCGACAACCUCACGGAAAAUGAAAUGAUGUUGCAAAACAUCUCCCCUGAACAAGUAUUGAUGGGUGACCAUGAUACUGGCAUUGGUCUUACGGUAGAUCCUUUAGAAGGCAACCGUUUCGAUGAUAAUUACUAUUUCCUUAUGAGCCUUUUACCCCAUAUAAGAACAUUGCCGGCUGAUAGAAGAAUGCUGCUCAGGAUGCAAAUGCAAGAAUUGGUUUACAAAGAGGUUUACAAGAAAAGUUCUGAGAGUGCUGCCACGCCGUAAACAGAUAAAAAAAUUAAUAUUUUUAACAAAUAUAUUAUUCAUAAGCGUUUUUCGGAACUGGUUAGAAUUUAUCAGAAUAAUUAUGUCUCACAGUUUACUGUAUUUAAGAUGCAGUCCUUGCGCGAACCGAAACUCAGGUUUAUUUACAUAUUGGUCGAAGUAUCAAUGGAUGAACAAAAUUUUAGAAAAAAAAAAAGCGUACUUUUUAAUCGAUUUGAAUAAACGAAUACUCCGUAGAUUGAGAGACACUGGUGCUUUCUC